AGGAAACAACCAAGAAAAGGUAAGUAGCAUUUUGCAAAAUCAGUGUAAAGCUACUUUGGUACCUUUCAUUUCUUACACAAUCUUCCAUACAAAUCACACACUGUUGCUUCACUACUACUGCUGCAUCUCUCUCUCCCUCUCCCUCUCCCUCUCUCUCUCUCUCUCUCUCUCUCUCUCAUGAACUGCCUACACAAUCUCCCCAGAUUCAGAUCCUCUUUUUUGCCACUCCAAGACACUAAAUGUUGCGCUAACACAUCUCCCUGCGUUAUCAAUCGCACGGGAGUUAUUAAAGCUGUUGAUCGGCGUCGAAACAUUUCGAUGAAGGCAACGAAUGGUUCUGCACCAGUUACCAAUGUGGAAGGUGCCAAAGUGGAGGAGGAGAAAUCUGAUGAAUACAGUAAUAACAUGACUGAAGCUAUGGGUGCCGUGUUGACAUAUAGGCAUGAAUUGGGAAUGAACUACAACUUCAUUCGUCCAGACUUAAUUGUUGGGUCAUGCCUUCAGACUCCAAAGGAUGUAGACAAGCUUCGUGCCAUUGGUGUGAGAACCAUUUUUUGCUUGCAGAAAGAUUCUGAUCUUGAAUAUUUUGAUGUUGACAUCAAUGCCAUUAGGGAAUAUGCAAGCACAUGCGAUGACAUUCAGCACUUGCGUGCUGAAAUAAGGGACUUUGAUGCAUUUGAUUUGAGGUUACGGCUUCCAGCUGUUGUCAGCAAACUACAUAAAGCAGUUAAUCAAAACGGGGGUGUAACUUAUAUACAUUGCACAGCUGGACUUGGAAGAGCGCCUGCCACUGCAUUGGCAUAUAUGUUCUGGGUUCAAGGCUAUAAUCUCAAGGAAGCCCUCGACAUACUACUGGGCAAGCGUUUUUGCUUCCCAAAACUUGAAGCUAUUAAGAGUGCGACUGCUGACAUACUUACAGGUCGUAAAAAGAAGCCUGUCACCUUAACAUGGAAUGGUGCCAAUUGUUCGACGGUUGAAAUCUCUGGGCUUGAUAUAGGAUGGGGUCCGAAAAUACCUCUAAAUUAUGAUCAGGAGCAAGGAUUGUGGGUUCUUCAAAGGGAAUUGCCUGAAGGACGCUAUGAGUACAAAUAUGUCAUUGAUGGCGAAUGGUUGUACAAUAAAGAUGAACCUGUCACUGAAAUCAACAAGGAUGGCCACAUCAACAACUAUGUCCAAGUGUCAGAUGAUAAUCCAGAUAGCAUUACUGCCAAGUUGCGGGAAAGGUUGAUGGCUGAUGAACCUGAUCUCACGAAGAAUGAGCGACUCGUAAUACGCCAAUUUCUUGAAGCUUGUCCAGAUGAUGAAUGAAUUGCUAGGUGUACACUAGUCAAUUAUAUAUGAAACUGUAUAUUUACUUGUUAAAAUGAUGAUUGUAUCAACUUAAAGAAUGUGUAAACUUAGAUAUUAUGUAGUAGGCUAACAUCAUGAAAAACAGAUAAAAUAUUAUAGAGGAAGUUGUAUGAUAGAUGUUAAAGGUUGUAUGAGGGGGGAAUGAAGUAUCAAAGCUCCGAAGGGAUGUAAAACAUCCGAACUGUAUACUUGUAUUCGAGUUAUGAAUACGAGCUGUAAAAUUUUAACAGUGGAAGUUGUAACAAGUAAUAAAAAUACUUUUCUGAGCUGUA